AUGUCUGCUCGUCAAGUCUAUGGUCAAUCCUCAAGAAAGCUCGUACUUGCCUUCGAUGUGGGGACAACCUACAGUGGGAUCUCGUACAGCAUCCUUGAUCCAGGUCACAGUGUCAGUGUCAAAGGAGUGACGAGGUUUCCAGCUCAGGAGCACAUAAUGGGAGCGUCCAAAAUCCCAACCAUCAUGUAUUAUGAUAAGCAAGGCAAAGUUCGUGCAGCCGGGGCUGAAGCUAUUCGAGAAGGUAUCGAGGAAGAGGCGGAAGAUGGCGGAUGGAUCAAAGCCGAAUGGUUCAAACUCCACCUUAGCUCAAAGGUGACCAACAUGCGGGACAUUGCCCAACGCAUACCACCGCUUCCACCCAAGAAGACCGUCGUCCACAUUUUUGCCGAUUUCUUCCUUUAUCUUUUCGAUUGUGCCUCAGCCUAUAUCCAGGAUACUGAGCCGAACGGGCAAGGGAUGUGGAAUUCAGUCAGAUCUAGCAUCGACUUUGUUCUGUCGCAUCCGAAUGGGUGGGAAGGCAGGGAGCAAUCACAGAUGCGCCAGGCCGCUGUUCUUGCAGGACUGAUACCUGAUACGACUGCUGGACAUGCGAGGAUUUCCUUUGUUACAGAAGGAGAAGCAAGCCUCCAUUUUGCAAUUGAAAGCGGCGCAUUGACAAGCGUGGUCAAGGGCCACGGCGUGGUUGUUGAUGCUGGUGGAGGGACCAUUGACAUAAGUACCUAUCGGCACGAUCCUUCGCAAGUUACUCGACUAUUCCAAGAAGUCGCAGCUCCAAGAUGUUUCUUAUAUGGUUCGGUGUUCGUCAGCAUCCAAGCGCGCAUAUUUCUAGAAAAAUUUCUGGAAGACUCCGACUUCAUCGAGGACCUCGAUCACAUCAUCCAGUGUUUCGAUAGGACGACAAAGCUACGGUUCAAACACCCUGAUGAACCACAGUACAUUAAGUUCGGAUCGUCGCGCGAUAACGACCAGGAGCACAACAUACGAUUUGGUCAAUUGAAAUUGGCAGGGAAAGAUGUCAUGGGGUUUUUCGGUCCUUCUGCUACUUGUAUAGUGGAUAUUGUAGGUGAGCUACGCUGGAUGGCUUCCGCAAACGUGUCGCACAUCGUUCUCGUGGGUGGGUUCGCCGCCAACGACUGGCUCUUCCAGGAAGUCCGCACCAAGGUUAACCAGCUUGGACUAACCAUCUCUCGUCCAGAGAAUCAUGUCAACAAGGCUGUCUCGGACGGAGCAAUCUCAUUCUAUCUCAACCACUUCGUGCGCACGCGCAUGUCAAGGUUCGCAUUCGGAAGCUUUGGAGCAGUUAUCUUUGAUCGUCGAAACGAAGGACACCUGAAACGGGCUCACAAGAAGACUACGUAUCCCUCAGGCGAGAUCGUGUUACCUAACCAUUUCACCAUGAUCCUACCCAAGAACACCCAGGUAUCAGAAAUGACAGAGUUUAAGGAAGAGUUUUAUGAAGAACACCCGAAUUUGGCUUGCUUUCAUCAUAUAGAAUCAGAAGUAUGGUGCUAUAGAGGAGAGCUCGAAAAUCCCGAAUGGAAGGACGAAGAUCCAGUAAACUACCACCUACUCUGCACCAUUUCGGCCAACUUGUCGCACCUCCCCAUCAAAAGGCGAAAUCGAAAUGGGAAGGCGUAUUACCGCGUCGAUCUUGAGCUAAUUUUGCUUUUCGGCUUAACCGAAAUGCAGGCGCAGAUUGCUUGGAAGGGGAAAUCGGGUAUGCAACGAACUCCAGCGAGGAUUGUCUACCCUCCGUCCGAUGAUUGA